UAUUUAUCAAAAUGUCCCACACAGUGACUUUCACCUUUCACGACCUUGAGAACGGAGAUCCUGCCAGCCAAGACCCAAGUCCAUAUGAUGAAGGGGCCGUGCAUGAUUCCUUCCACCAGCUAAUUAAGGAGCAGAGCAGUUUGGCUGAACAAGAGUUGAUGGAGAUGCAAGAUCUGACUAACAGGAGCAAAGAAAAUCUGGUUCCUCCCUCUGAUCGGACUGGAGCUUGGAACCCAGGUGUACAGCUAGUAGAGCACCCUGACUUCUCCUCCACCACAUUGCGCAUCCUUGCCAAAAUGCCCAGCCGGACUAUUGGGCACAGCAGAGGAGCCAUCCUGUCCCAGUAUUACAACUGCACUGCCAGACGCCGUCGUCGGAGCCACCGUUCUCCUCUCCAGGAAGUAUCCCGUUCUGCACGGCCUAGUUUUCGACAGCUAUCUCUAGAGUUGGAUUCCAGUUACAGAGAAGAAGACUCCAAGUAUAGUUUGCUGGUCAAAGAACUUCAGAACCUGCCGGUACAUCAACGGAAUCACAUGCUGCAGAUGAUGCCUCUAAGCUUGGCUGAGAAGCGCAGACUCAGGCAGAAUUCAAGUGGGCAUUCAGGCACCUUGAGGAAACUGAAGCCAACGGGUCGCUUGUCUUACUGCAGCUGGAUUAAAUACCACAUCCUAAUAGGCUUCCGGAAUUUUUGGUACAAUCUGCUGUCCCUCAUUCCUGUUCUCCAGCCCUGGCAUUAUUCCCUCAAGGAGAUCGGUGGCCGCUUUGGCUCUAGUAUCCUCUCCUAUUUCCAAUUCCUUAGGACGUUGCUCUUCUUCAAUCUCUUUAUGUUCCUGAUCCUGCUGGUCUUUGUAGUUGUUGUGCAGGCUGCUUUCCCUUCUGUCAUACCUAACAGUGUGGCCUUCACAGGGUUUGAUCUCUUGACUGGAUCAGGCUACUUCAGUCACACACUAAUGUAUUACGGCUACUAUAGUAAUUUCACACUUAAUGCCCCUGAUGCUAAUAACACCCAUUACAGGCAACACAUGCGUAGCCAGAUGUCCUACAAUAUGCCUCUGGCCUACCUCUUUGUUACUGGAAGCGCCUUCUUUGGAACCUGCUUUCUCUUGAUCUACAGUAUGUCUCACUCCUUUGGGGAAAGUUACCGUGUAGGCAGUGCAUCAAGUAAUCUGGCAGUCAAAGUCUUCUGUUCCUGGGAUUACAAGAUGAUUCAGAAACGCUCAAUCCAACUCCAGAGUGAGAACAUUCGCACACAUUUGAAGGAGUGUCUGGCUGAGCAGAGGCUGGAAUCCUGUUUAAGCUUUUCUAAGAAGCUACAGGAACUCGUAGUCUUGCUGGUGGCCUGGACUGUAUCCCUGAGCACUGUUGCGGGCACUGCCAUUGGUAUCCACUACUUUUCUGAAUAUGUACACCAGGUUCUGCACGAGGAGCUUUUGAAAAACAGCCACGCUGGGAAAGAGUUGUUGCUCCUGGCCCUGCCUCUGGUGGUGUCUCUCAUUAACUUGCUCAUGCCAUAUUUUUACAAUCUCCUGGCUGCGUGGGAGAAACAGGAAUCGCCAGUGCUGGGGGUGUACGUUGCCAUUAGCAGGAAUUUAAUUCUCAAGAUGAUCAUCUUGGGCCUCCUGUCCUACCAUUGGCUGAGUUGGAAAGUGACAUCUUCAGAGAUUCAGUGCUGGGAAACCUUUGUGGGGCAAGAGCUCUACCGUUUGAUGGUGAUAGAUUUGAUUUUCAUUCUCCUGGAUGUCAUCUUUGGAGAGCUGAUAUGGAGGAUCAUAUUGGAGAAGAAGUUACAAAGUAAACAGAGGCCUGAAUUUGACAUUGCUAGAAAUGUGCUAGAUUUGAUUUAUGGACAAACCCUAACCUGGGGGUACUUGCAGCAGAAACAUUUUAACACGUCAGGUCAGAAAAAUAUAGACUGCAUUUCUGAUCAAAACUCCCAUUCGCAUAUAGUUGCAUAUGCAGCAUCUCUGCAGAAUCUCUGUGGAGAUUCUCAAAUAAAACCAUCAGAAAUGUGUGGACCUUUUCAAACUUUUGAUACCAUCUACGAUUCUUGGAAGGUAUGGGUACUAAAGCUGGAAGAAUCCAAUUCAAAUAUUACUUGGUUUACCUGGAUCCAUCAAAACCUCUUCCAAACUUCCUACUUCCUGUUGUUAAUCACUGCAAUUUUGGUUGCAGUUAUCUACUUCACCAUUGAGAUGGUAAAGGGUCUGCGGAGUAUCAUUUCAAUACUGAAGGGGCAGAUUGCCAAUGAAAGAGAAGACAAGAAGUUUCUCAUUCAAAGACUUCAUGUUAUAUAUGGAAAAUGAAAAGUACAACAGGAUGAAAAUGAGAUCCAUUUUUCCUUAGCAUCUUUACCAGCGAACGUACCAGGUGAACCUUACCCUGAAGGACUUCAUAGAAAAGGAAAAUAGAUAUGGGGCUAUCCAGAAACGUUUUGAUGAACACAUUCAGGCUGCUGAAGAUACUGACUCCCUUCACUCCUGCAUGUGAAUGUCAUCUACCUUUGGUUGAAGAAGUUACAGCAUAUUCUUAACAUUCGCUGGCCAUUUCAGUUUCUGUCUUCAGCCAAAAGGAAACUUUCCAGAACCAGACUAAGAGCUCCCAGACUAUCUCAAGAUUUUUACAGACGAUUUUUAUAACAGAGAAUUCAAACUGAUAUUUUAUAAUGUGCAAUGGUCUGAAGUAUUUUGUCUUGCCAGGAUUAUGAGAUCCAUGACCUCAUGUGGGAGAGUGUACAGUUACUGGAAAGAAAUUUUUCUUACAAAGGACCUCAUGGUUUAAUAUUAAUAAAAAUGACUUGUCUUAAGGGAGUAAAUUAUAUUCUCUUUUUA